AUUUUAAACAUAUUUUCAUAUUUUAAAUUAAAACGUUCCAUUUAUAUAUUUAGUGUUUAGUUUCGGUAAAGCGUAAAUUGAUUUUUGUUUGUAGCGAAAGAGUAGAAAGGGAAGCGAAGCGAAAAGAGAGAAAUAAUCGAACAUGGCCAAUACGAGCAGCAGUGUUAACAACAACAACAACAAUAAUAAUAUUAAUAAUAAUAAGAGGAAGACGCUGACCAGCGUGGAGCAGUUCGAGUUGACGCAGUGGCUGGAGGAUCACCAGGCCAAUUCGAGCAAUCUGCGACGCAGUUUCACGGACGUGCUGCCACUGGCGCGUCUGCUCUCGCGUUAUUACCCGGAGCUAAUCGACCUGAACUACUAUCCGCCCAGGAAUAGUGUGCACAACAAGCUCUGCAACUGGGAGGUCUUCAAUCGGCGCGUGCUCAGUCGCCUGGGCGUGCGCCUGUCGCGCGAGCAGAUGGUGCGUGUGGCCAGCUGCGUGCCCGGCUCCGUGGACAUGCUGCUGUUUACGAUAAUGCGAGCGCAGCAGGCGGCGGAGCGCAAGGCGCGCGAUCUCAAGGACAGCGCAGAGGAGGCGCUCGAGGCAAUGGAUGAGGAGGCCGAUGAGGCUGAGGAUGAGCAGGACGAGCAGGUGGGCAAGAGUGAGCCAGAGCUGGUAAAGAGCGAUGGACCGGCAGCGCCAGCGACUGCAGACGAGCGGGAGACCAAGCGCGGCCUCUCCUCGCGCAGUCUGGCCAAGCUGGCGGGCAAUCUGGGACGCACCGCAAUCGGAAUGCAUGCUCAGCAGCGCGAGGGCAGCGUUGAACCGGCCGCUCUGCGGCGACGUGGCCCAGCGGAGCAGCAUCCAACGGGCAAUCAAAGAGGUGAACUUUUAAGUGAACUACAUGAGCCACGUAUGGUACUUUAUUCCGUCUAUAUGCAGGCCGUCAAUCAGUUGCAGCAAAAAAACGCCAAGAUCGGUAGAUUCAACCAAUGGUGUGCGCACUUGGAGAACAUGUUGCAGCUUAAGUGUGAGACCAUUGACGAGUUGCAGCAGCAGGUGACGCGUGCCUCGAAGCGUCUCCGCACCAUACGCAAUCCACUUCGCCACAAUCAGCAGCAGCAGCAGCAGCACCAGCAGCGCAAAUCCCAGAGACGUGCCACCAAGUGUGAGACUAACUCACAAACUAUUAACUCAAAAAUAUAUUUAAUAGCAGUGCCGAGCAAAAUAUUUAAAUAUUUCAAACAAUUAAAACUCAGGCGCAGGAUGAUGCUGAGCGGUGGCGGUGGCGGCGGCGGCGGCGGCGGCGGCGACAAGAGCGCGACAAAGUAUCAAUGCCGCUUUGGCAAGAAGAUGCAGAUACUGGAGUUCAAGCGUCUGUCCAAUGAUGAGCGCGCCGAGGUGCACAAGUGGCUGAACAGCUGCAACAUCAAUCGCGUGCGCCUGCAUCGCGAGUUCUCCGACGUGCUGCCCGUGGCGGAGCUGAUGAAGCAGGACUAUCCACGUCUGAUCGACCUGAACAACUUUCCGAAGCGCAACAGUGUGCAGCACAAGUUGACCAACUGGGACACGUUCAACUUUCGCUUUCUGAACAAAUUCAAUAUGGUGCUGCAUCAGCAUUUCAUGUUGCAACUGGCGCGUGGCAUGCAGGGCGCGGCCGAGGUGCUGCUGCAUGAGCUGAUGCGCCUGAAGAAGCGCCAAAAGUCGGAGGCCACACGCAACGCCAUUUUGGCGCAGGAACAGGUCUGGGAGGAGAACGACGAGGUCAAGACUGUGGUGGUCAACAAGCAGGUGGGCGACGGCAUUGUCCAGGUGCCACAGAAAAUGAUUCUCUUCUCGCUGUACGAGAAGCUGACGCGCGACAUUCAAUCGCGAGAUCACAUCAUUGAGGAGCACAACAAGCGCAUUGCCCACAUGGAGAGCAUCAUCAAAAUCAAAACGGAGCGCAUCGAUGAGCUGCUCAUGCAAACGGGCAAGCUGGCCAACAAGCAAUUCAUGGGCACCCAUCAAGGCAACAACAACAACAACAACAACAACAACAGCUCGGAUGCUCCCACUCGCAAUCCGUCGCACUCGACGAUUAGUUUUCAUCUGACUUCGACUCGCAAGCGUCACCCCAAUACACCAGCCACAUCGGACUAGGCGCACUACUACCAACUCAUGCGGGGCGGGCGGAGCAACAAAGGAGCGGAGGCACACCCAACAACACGCACACACGCACACGCACACGCACACGCACAGCUGACUAGACACACCUUUGAAUGUUUCUCUCUCUCUCUGAUUUUGUUCUUAGAUAAUUAAAAUAAUAAAGCUCACACCAACACACACACACAC